CUAAAUUGCCCUACAUAAACAAGUUUCACACUGCUGUUAUUAAACCGCUUUAGAAAAUUAGUUUAGAGUGAAAACGGCGAUUCACCUCAUUAAACUAUGGAGGUGUUACCAGAGGUCGAGUGUGAUGAGGAAAGUAUUGUGACAGAUCAUGAAGAGGAUGAUGAAGACAGAGUUCAUGACGAAGAUCUGGGGGGGCUUCGGGCACUGGAUAGCACCCUGUCCAACAUAACCCCCACAGAUACACACAUAUCUUACCCAAGACCUCAAUUGGACCUUUCCAAAUGUCCAUCCUCGUACAAAGAGAACUCGACACAGGACAAACUCAUGCUUGCAAUCACUGAAAACUUUCGGCAGCAGUAUGCACUUCUGUACCCUGACCGCAAACCACUUCUGCUGUCCCCCGUCAAUGAGUGUGGUGUUCAGAAAUUUGUUAGCACCACCCUGCGGUGCACCUUGUUGCCCUAUCCUGAGCUGUACAGCUGGGAGGGAUGCAGCAGUUUUGUGUCUGAUUACCUGUCCUUGGAGCCUCUGGAACCUCCUUUCGAAAUACCCAAGCAGCUGUCAUCACCCAUCUGGGUUCUGAAGACUCAGAGAGGCACGUGUUUUGAUUUCUCUUGCGUGCUGUGUAGCCUGUUGUUGGGUGCAGGAUACAAUGCGUAUUGCGUCAGUGGGUACGCUACAAAAGAAAUGUGUCUUCUUGAUCAGACACGCCAAGAGUGUCCCCUACUGCAGCCUCAAAUCCAAGUUAAUAAAGAGAAACAGAAGCAGGAAGUAAAGAAAUACUCUGUAAAACCUCCGCGCGACCUGCAGAGUGGCUUUGAAAAGCAUCAAGAGGAGAGACGCCAAGAAGAUGCUAAAGCAGCCGCACUAAAGAUACAACAGGAAGCAGAGAGACUUCAACAGGAGCAAGAACGUCCACCACCAGACCCUCUACUGGGUCUAAGGGUUCACAGUUGGGUUCUGGUGAUCUCAGGGAGCCGGGAGGUACCUGAGAACUUCUUCAUUGACCCUCUGACAGGCAAGAGCUACUCCACCACCAAUGAGAACUUCCUGGGUAUUGAGAGCAUCUGGAACCACCAAAACUACUGGGUUAACAUGCAAGAUUGCCGUUUCGGUUGUACGGAGAUGACCUUUGAUAUGAGUGAUCUAUCAAAGUGGGAGUAUAUGUUAUGUGGCCCUGCUAGCCAAGCCCUGUCAAUCAUUCCAGACCCGAAGACACUCCAAGAGCCAGAAGAUGAGGAAGAUGAGGAAAUAGAUGAGCCGAAAGUGUUUGACAUGCCUCCAUCUUGGGUGACUAAAAUAGACAUUUCACCUCAAGAUAUGGAAAUGCGUUACCCAGGGGGUACAAAGGUUACCCAGUACAGGAAAGCCAAGCUGGAGAAGUUUGCCUCUUACCUUCUGAAAGACGGUCUGGUGACCAAACUCACCACUUACAAUGACCUUGAGUGCACACAACCCAAAAUUGUUAAGGAAUGGUUCCAAUAUCGAGACGAUCGUCUUGAGGAGAGAGAGCUGCAGACAUCCAACAAUGUAACAACUGAACAUUUCAGACCCGGAAGAAGUGACGCUCUCAAAUAUCACAGGUAUGUCAGUAUGGUACCUGAGACAGAGCGUCAAAUGGAAUUUUACAGUCAUACUCGCACUGACGGUUUGGCCAGAAGAAUCGAGAUGCCUUUCCAAAUCACAGAAACCUUUGAAGAUCGGACAGACUUCCUCUUUCAUCGGCAUAUUGUUUAUGGAAAGGUCAAAGUGAUGAGGUCUGGCGAGACUCUUGAACAACGUCCUCUACAGAGGGUGCUGGAGAGCUUCCACAGAGAUCGUUCUAAGCCAGCUAGUAAGGAUGUGGCUGAACGGAUCUUUAUGAUUUCGGAGGGCCGGAUCCAGGUGACCUAUCAUCUGGAGGAUGACAAGAUAGUUCCAGCUUGGCUCAAUUUCAUCAAACCCAAAGAAGCAGCGGUCUCACAAAAAGCACAAGCUUUUAAUCCGGAGAUGGUGUCUGGCUUUCAGGUGGAUCCUUCUGCAAAACCCAUCAAGACCUUACAAUUGUAUGAAAUGCUCAUGGAUCUGAUGAGAGAGGAGGAGAAUGUUUUACUUAGAGUCAAAGAUUUAGAGAAAGAGGUUAGGUCCAUCCUUUCUGCAAGAGAACUUGAGGAGAGUAAUAUUGAGCUCCAGAUCUCUAUUUACAACACCACAAGGAAUGAGAUGGCCCAUCGCCACAUGGAAGAGAUGGAGCGUAUCGCUAAAGAAAAGCAGCAGCGCCAGAAAGAGAAUGAGAUGGACCCAUUGGCUCCCUUGCUGGCCCGGUUGGGACACCUAGAAACCCUCACACGCCAGACUGCACUGCAGCUGAAGACAGAUUGUCUGGCUGAGUUUAAACAGCAGCUCAUUAACAAAGCCAACCUUCUUCAGAGCAGAUUUGAAAAGGAGACAGAGGAGUUACAGAAGAAACAGCUGUGGUACCAGAAGAACCAGCUCACCAUGUCCAAGGAGGAAGAGGAUGAAUAUCUCACAUACUGUUCUGACACCAUGUUCAGGAUCCAUAUUCUCAAACUGAGACUCAGUCGCCACAAAGAGAGGGCACCACAGAAGUACCUGGCACUGGAUGAGAAACUAAAAAGAGAUCCAAGGUUGACUGGUCAUUUGUUGUGAUCUAACACAAGACAUUGACAGCGUUCUACCACUCAGUCAUUCAACGGGAUGACCUGGGACAGUCCUUUCAGGAUUGUAUAUCUCAGACUAAUCUCUCCAGAUUUCUAUAAAACUUUCCAUUUCAAAUAGAGUUGCAUCCAUUGUGAUAUUGUCCACUUGUUGAUAUACAUGGCAAGAUACUACAUACAUCCCAAAAAAGCUAAAAAUGUAGGUGACUAAGCAAUAAUUACGAUAGCAUCUGCAAAGACGAGUUAUAGUGCAUUCAGAAAGUAUUCAGACACCUUCAUCUUUUCACAUUUUAUAUUGCAGCCUUGUGCUAAAAUGCUUUAAAAAAAAAA